AUGCAGUCGAAGAGGGAUAGCAGUUCUGAAUUUCUUGAGACCUUAUACCAGUCGACUGAGAGAGGGAAAACUGUCUCACAAACCUAUCUUGCUGCACAAGUGGAGAAGGAAAUUAAUCGAACGUUGGAUCCUGUGCAGCUAUACGAGUUUCAAAAGCCGGAAAACUUCCGUUAUAACUUGCGUCACGGAGGUGUUCCUGUUGCUAACAAAGUUUGUGAUGCUAGUAGCCUUAGCCGUGAGAGAGGGUUGAAUGGUCCUGGUGCAAAUGGUGACCACAUGGAACCUGAAUCUGUGUCGGGGGUCCGGCCCUUUUGGCGUACCCAUCUAGACGAGCAGGACAGUGAGAUUCUUCGUAUGAUACAAAGGGCAAUGCGGCCACCUAACAAGAGCUCAGUCCCCCCGGUAGCUCCGGACGAUGCAGCCGUCAUCCGCAAACUUAAAACAGCUGAAGAUUGUAUAACUUUUUUUGCAGCCAAUGGAUCGAGCAGCCAUUUGAAAUAUGUAUACUUAUGUCGUGCUCCUCAUGUACUCGAAUUCAGACCUUAUGAUUUAUGUGUUAGCCCUAUGAAGCGUGGAUUGGAGCAGAAGGAGCACUACAUAAUGAGUGCAACAGGGGUUGUCCAUGUCCGACCAGGACACCCUUCGGAGGUUGUUAGUUUAGCUGAGUGGAUGCGGGAGUCAUCGCUUUUUGAUGUCCUUCGAAAAGUACACUUCUUCAAGACAUACCUCGUCUACAAAGCCUUUUUCCGGUGGUACAAAAAUGUACGUGCUAAGGACUUUCUCAACAAGAGGCGGCUGCUUUCAAGGAACUUACUCAUAUCUAAAUCCACUUUCAGUACCCCUAUUCUGGAAGUUCUUAACGCUUCCUACGACCUUACAACACAUCCAUUGGUGCUGUACGAGGCGCAGGGAAAGCACGAUUAUACUAUCGAGGACUUUCGGACGCAGCAGGCGAAGCAGCGCCAAAAAACUUCGGCUGCAUUCGUUGCGUGUAUGGAGAAGAUUGAGACUGGUGUCAUGAAACUGAUUGAAGUUAUGAAGAGCAAGGCAGACGUUCCCGACAUAAACACAAAAGAGGCGUUAGAGCAGUACCUACUCGCUAACGCCAUUGUUACAGGGUCGGGGAGUUUUCGCUCACAACGUAAGAUGAAGUCGAUGCACGAUGCCAGGGGAGAACAGUUACAAAGAAUGCGUGAGCUGAAACGCAGUAUAGUAGAGUACUCACAAAUUGACCAAUUAAUUCGUAUGGUGGACUGUGUUACAUCGGAAACUGUGUUUCGUGUAAUCCUUUCGGCGAUCAAAACACUGUAUAACACAUUGCAUAUCCAGAGCAGUCAAGAACUGCGUUCAGUUGGUUUUCAGGUUUUGUUACAGCCAACGGAGGAUCAGAUGUUAUUUAAUCCACCUGAGAGGGCUAUACGUACUCUUUGCACGGAGCUUAUCACCGAAUGCAUCGAGGUUACUGGUUCGGUUACACGGUUGUGUUCCCAGAAGCGGCUGAAGGGUCACUUCACCAAGGCACCUGCUCUUUGGGUGCUAGGAGGUGAACUCGAGUCUGACGCACGCACGCUCUAUCUUCAGUCUAGUAUUCUUCAGUUGGUUGGCGACGAUUACGCCCAGGCUAACACCAAGAUGCAGGCGUAUGCCGUUACACUCCCUCACAUUCAUUUCUUGGAGAGGGAAUGGAGCGAUAUAUUGGCGCAAUGGGAAGAGGAGACGGGCGAAAGACCGUUAACGUGCUCUACCCUGUUCAAGUUGUACGACAAAAUCCAGGAUGCACAAGAUACGUUACGCGUUCUGAUGGCGUCAUUUGUAGGGAAUAUGUUAUGGAUUAACGCAGCAAAGCUCAAGACAGAAAUUGAGCCUCGUAUGCGGAUUGUCCGUGAUGGAAUUGAUUCAACACUUCGGGAAAUUACGAGGACGGCCAUUUCUUCACUGCACUCGUAUUUCAAGCAGAAGAUCCAGGUGCUAAAUGAACGCCCGGGUCAACUGAGCCAGUUUGCAGAGUAUGUGGCGCAUUACAAGGAGGUCGUGAGCGAGACUACUGAAACCGAAGCUGCUGUUGCUCAGGCGGACGCUUUGUGCGAUUUGAUGGACCGACAACAAGUGGAGUUUUUGGAUGACGAAGACAAGCAACUUAGAGAGAGAACUCUAGGUAGUGUCAGUACGGCAAUGUCCCUUCAGAUUCUCUUCGAUGAAGCGCGACUCCAUGCCGAAGCCUUUAUCGAAGAAAAUUUGCCGUUUCAUACUCAAACGCUGGAAGACAGCGUGUGCAACGUCGAAGACGAGUGCGUUACGAUCAAGCAAAUUCUUACCAACAGCGAGUUUGUUGUUUUAACGGAGAACGUAGAACCGAUAAUUCAGUACUUAGCGGAACUUAAUACGAAGCUCAGCGAGAUUCAGGCAAGUGAAACGCAGCUGACCAAAUAUGCGAAACUGUUUGAUCGGCCUCCAAUCGACUGGUCUACUCUCAAAGAAAUGAGGAGCUUGGUUUUUGUCCGCCGUGAAGCUUGGACACUCUUAGACACGUUUAUGAAACAAAGAGAAAUGUGGUUUAAUAGUCCUGUUAGAGAACUGGACACAGCUGCCAUGGAGGAUGAAGUCAACCAACUCAUAAGGCGCACCGGUGCUCUGAACAGACAGGUCCAGGAAAAGGAAUAUGAAGAUGAAGUGGGGCAGCAUCUUUUAACUGAACUUCAAGAACUCAGAGCGAUUAUGCCCGUUAUUCACGAUUGUGGUAACAAACACAUGACUGAUAGCCACUGGAAUAUUGUUUUGAGGGAGGCCACUGGUUCGGAUAAUCGCUAUCACGAAGGUUUGAGUUUGCGGAACUUGCAAGACCUAAAUAUUCUUGAAUACAAGGAGGUACUAUCUGAGCAAGUCGGGCUAGCAACCGGUGAGUGGAAGAUAUCCAAUGACCUGGACAAAAUUAAACAGACAUGGAACGGGAUUUCGUUCACCACCAAACCUUACAGAAACCGUGACGGUGUUUUCAUAUUGGAUGCUCUAGAAGAUGUAAUCCAGCAACUGGAUGAUAAUCAAGUUGAACUUCAGACGAUAAUGGCUUCACGAUUUGCUGCACCGGUUCGCGACCGUGUGGAGGAAUGGAUUCGCAACCUUCGACACGUAGGUAAUGUUAUGGAAGAGUGGACUAACCUUCAAAAGAACUGGAUGUAUCUUGAAUUUAUUUUUUCUUCAGACGAUAUCAAAGCCCAGCUUCCUGAAGAAAGUAUGCAGUUCAGCUCGGUGGAUACCUUGUUGUGUCUGCUGACAAUGAAGGCACAUAACGACAAGAACGUUUACCAGAUAUGCACCGAGAACGGUGUGCUGGAGCAACUGCAGCAAGCUAAUUUGAAUAUUGAUUACAUUCAGAAGAAACUGGAAGAGUGUCUCGAGACGAAGCGUGCUGCGUUUCCUCGGUUCUACUUCCUCUCAAACGACGAACUGUUGUCAAUUCUUUCCGACGUGCGUAAUCCCAAGGCAGUGCAACCGCAUCUCACCAAAUGCUUUGAUUCGAUAGCAUCCCUUAUUUUUUCGGGGGAUACAUACAGCGAAAUUUCGGGGAUGAUGUCUGGAGAUGGAGAAGAAGUUGAAUUUGAGAAAGUUGUGUAUCCUAUUGGCAAUGUAGAGAAGUGGUUGUGCCAGAUCGAGAGUAUGAUGAGAGCCUCGUUGCUUAUGCAUAUGCGUAAGACAGUUGAGGCGUAUACCCCAGAGGCACGUGAAACCUGGUUUUUUAACCACCCUGCGCAGUGUAUUCAGGCGGUUGAUAUGGUUGUGUGGACCCAAGAAGUCGAAGAGGCUAUAAGGGCAGGCUCAUUACUGGAGUAUCACGAACAUUACCAGCAACAAAUUUUUCAGACAGUCAAUUUGGUGAAGGGGUCCCUAACUAAGUUGCAACGGACGCUUGUUUGUACACUAAUUGUGCUUAACGUGCACAAUCGUGACAUCGUGUAUACUCUUCAUGAGAGCAGUGUGACUUCUCUCAGUGAUUUUGCCUGGGCUCAGCAACUGCGUUAUUAUUGGGAGGCUACUGACUCUGUGAAAUCUGGCAUGAGCGUUGGAAUCCACCACUGCGAUGCUCAUCUGUGGUAUGGUUAUGAGUAUCUUGGGAAUCAACCGCGUCUUGUAAUUACCCCGCUGACCGAUCGUGCAUUUCUGACAUGUACCAGCGCUCUGGCAAUGAAUCUUGGAGCCGCUCCCCAGGGACCUGCGGGUACAGGCAAAACCGAGUCGGUGAAGGACUUGGGGAAAGCGUUGGCCCGACAAGUUGUUGUUUUUAACUGUUCUGAUGGUAUCAACUACAAGACUAUGUCUCGUAUGUUUGCUGGGUUAGCGCAGGCGGGUGCAUGGGCGUGCUUUGACGAGUUCAACCGUAUUGAACUAGAGGUGCUCUCUGUGGUGGCGCAGCAGAUGUUAGAUAUUACUAGUGCUCUUGCGCAACGCCUAGAAAGCAUGAGCUUUGACGGGCAUAUGAUCAAACUGAGCAGGAAUUUCGGUGUUUUUAUCACCAUGAACCCUGGUUAUGCAGGUCGUACCGAGCUUCCAGAUAACCUGAAAGCCCUGUUUCGUCCCAUCUGCAUGAUGAUCCCCGAUUACGCUCUUAUUGCUGAAAUCAUGUUUUACUCUGAAGGAUUUAAGGAUGCGCGGACACUGGCGCGCAAGAUGGUGCAGUUGUACAAGUUAAGCUCCGAGCAGUUGUCAAAGCAGGAUCACUACGACUUUGGUAUGCGUGCGGUAAAGUCUAUUCUCGUUCUUGCUGGAGGUCUUAAGCGGCAACAUCCGAACGAUGAUGAAGAUAUGCUUUUGAUUAGAGCAAUGCGGGACGCCAAUGUUCCCAAGUUUCUCCGUGACGACACCAUACUUUUCAUGGCUCUUAUUAAGGAUCUCUUUCCCACUGUAAAGAUCGAGGAGACCCAGAGUGACCUCUUAGUUCGCUACGUGCGGGAAGAUAUGGAGAAAAAAGGGUUGCAGGUGGUCGAAGGGUUGAUAACAAAAACAUUGCAACUUUACGACACACUCGUUGUACGUCAUGGUGUAAUGCUUGUUGGUCAAACUUUUAGCGGGAAGUCGACUAUCAUGCACGUUGUUCAAGGGGCUCUGACACAAAUUAAAGCAGACGGGCACGAUCCAGAGGGCAACAUUCCGCUUUUUAACACCAUUCACAUUCACCUUUUAAAUCCAAAGUCUGUUACAAUGGGUGAGCUUUACGGCCAGGUGAAUGAAAUCACACGCGAAUGGACGGACGGUAUUAUUAGUAACAUUGCAAGGACCAUUACAAGAGUUGCGCAGGAACUUCCUGAUCGUCAGUGGAUUGUUUUCGACGGACCUGUCGAUGCUAUUUGGAUUGAAAAUAUGAACACAGUGUUGGAUGACAACAAGUUGCUGUGUCUUUUUAACGGUGAGCGCAUCAAACUUCCAAGCACGGCAACUUUUAUGUUUGAAGUUCAGGAUCUGGCAGUUGCGUCACCCGCAACUGUGUCCCGCUGCGGUAUGGUGUUCACGGAACCGUUUUAUGUGGACGGUGGACGUGGGUGGAUUCCCCUAGCAAAGAGUCUUGUGACCAAAAAAGCUUCCAUGUUUCCUAGAUUUCGAGCGGACCGCGUAAGUGAGCUGCUGGAGCGCUUCCUCCCCAUGUCCCUUGACUUCAUUCGUAAAGAGUGUCGGGAGUGGAUUGGGUCUGUUGAUGCCCAGUUAGCAGUAUCGUGCAUCGAACUGCUUGCUGCGUUCAUGAAAACUAUUGAUGAAGAGGACCUACUGCCACCACUGCUUCGUACGAAGGAAGCGAAACCGCAAAACGAUGACGUGUAUCUCUUACCUGAGACGACAUACUCGGGCGUCAAGCUGGUGCCGAGUGAGCCAGAGGAAUUUAAGGCCCCUGAGAUCGCGUAUGAGCAAGUAUCUGCGGAUGAUGAAACCUUGCUUGACAUGUACUUUUUAAUGUCGUUUGUUUGGUCAGUGGGGGGUAACCUUCGGGAUGACUCUCGUGAACGCUUCAGUGCUUUUGUCAAGAAGCACUUUGAGGAGUUGCUUCCAGGAAAGAUCGCGGCUGAUGAUGGUAACAGCGUUUACGACUACGUUGUGCACAAAGCAUCGAUGAGGUUUGUCACGUGGCGUCAUCUGGUGCCCACUUUCUGUUUCAGCCCGGAGUUGCCGUACUUCGAUCUCAUUGUACCCACCGCGGAGACAGUCAGCGUCAUAACUCUCUUUGGAGUUCUUGUUGCAAACUCACGGCACGUUUUACUGAACGGUGUGACUGGAACGGGAAAGUCGCUGGCUGUUAUGGACUUUGUAACCGGUACGUUGCGUGGAGACGAUCCAGAGGGUCCGUGGGAAUAUUUCGACACUGUACUCAGCGCGCAGAGUAGAGCUCGUGAUAUUGAAGACAGGUUGGACGGCAAGUUAUAUAAACUACGCAGUAAUGCAAUUGGUCCCAAACCCGGGAAACGCGCUGUUUUCAUCGUGGACGAUUUGAAUAUGCCGGCACUGGAGAGGUACGGUGCAUCACCGCCACUGGAGCUCUUGCGGCAACUCAUCACACAGGGGGGUUUUUAUGACAAGCGGAAGUCCCCUGCUACGUUCAAAGAGGUGCACGAUGUUGUCUUUCUUACUGCAUGUGGUGUACCAGGUGGCGGCAGGAAUGAAAUGACAAAAAGGCUAACAUCACGAUUCCAUCUUCUCUGUCAACCGAGUUUUAGUGACCACUCCAUCCGCCGUAUAUUCGGGUGUAUUCUGCACGGUUUCCUUUCGGCUUGGGAGCAACCAGAUGUGAACGCGCUUUCGAGCGUUCUCGUCGAGGCGAUUAAAGAGUGCUAUUACCUUAUUAGUACGGAGAAGCUCCCCACGCCGAAGCGGUCCCACUAUACGUUUAACUUACGCGAUUUUAGCAAAGUUGUACAGGGCAUUAUGCAGGUGUCGCCGACAAGUGCUCCAACUCGUGAGAUACUGCUUAAUGUUUUCGUGCACGAAGUGAGUCGUGUUUUUCAUGACCGUAUGAUUGACGAUGGGGACAGACGUUGGUGGUGGAAAACUCUAAGCGGCGUAUCACAGAGAGUACUAAAGAUGAACUGGGACCCGCGACUUGAGAAUGUCAUUUUCGGUGACUACAUGCGACGAGACCGUUCGCAGUAUGCCGAAAUCCAAACAGGAGAGGGCCUUAUUGAAGUACUGCGCGAAUACCAAAACGGCUAUAAUAUUGAGUCCAACGGCACGUGCGAACUAGUCUUCUUCAAGGACGCUAUACACCAUAUCUCACGUAUCUGCCGUAUUUUUCGCCAACCCCGUGGCCACGCGCUUCUUGUGGGUAUGGGUGGGACGGGACGUCAGUCUCUCUGUAAGCUGGCGGCGUUCAUGUGCAAUCUGGCGGUGCACGAGGUCACUAUUACAAGGAGUUUCAACAUGGCAGAGUUUAGGGAACGGUUGAAAGGGAUACUCAUGGAAAGCGGCUGUAAGGAUAAUCCUUCAGUCUUCUUCCUCACUGACAACCAAAUUGUACAGGAGGAAAUGCUAGAAGAUGUCAACAACCUCCUCAAUACCGGCGAGGUACCGGGACUUAUGCAGAACGAGGAUAUCGAUCAAAUAGUCGAAGCUGUGCGGCCCCUUGCAUCCGCUGCUGGCAAGAAAGAGGCUCGCAACGCUAUAUUUUCUCACUUCGUUACACUUUGCCGUAAUAAUGUACAUGUUGUGCUGGCGCUCUCCCCCGUUGGUGAGCCCUUCCGACGCCGUCUGCGUAUGUUUCCGUCACUAGUCAACUGCUGCACAAUUGACUGGUUCGACCAGUGGCCCGCAGAUGCUCUGCAUUCUGUAGCUCAGCACAUUUUUAGUGAGCUGCCGCUGGAUGAGGAAAUGAAGAACGGUCUCAUUAAACUUUGCGUGUCCAUUCACAUCGACGUGCAGAACCGGUCAGAGGAGUUUUUUGAGGAGCUGCACCGUCGCAACUACACCACUCCCAGUUCGUAUCUUGAGCUCCUGAAUUGCUAUCAUCAACUCCUCUCGGAGCAGGAGGAACAGACAAUAGCGCAGAUGAAGCGCUACCAGGCCGGUCUUGAUAAACUGCAAAGCACCCAGUGUACCGUUGAUGAGAUGAAGGAGCAGCUCGUACAAAUGCAGCCAAAGUUACUCCAAGCUGCACAGGACACUGAAGAGAUCAUGACAAAAGUGAAAUUAGAGCAAGAAAGUGCGCAGGUGGUGCGAACGGAGUGCUCAAAAGAAGAGGAGGCAGCUAUGGCGAUUCGCCGUGAAGCCGAUGGUAUUCGUGCUGAGUGUCAGGCUGAGCUUGACAAGGCGCUACCCAUCCUGCGCGCUGCGGAGAACGCGCUUGCGGAGCUUCGACCUGACGACAUUCGUGAAGUAAAGAGUUUCCAAAAGCCUGCAGCGCGUGUUGUUCUCGUUCUCGAAGCUGUGUUGAUACUUUUAGGCGAGCGUGACCUCAGUUGGGAUCGUGCCAAGCUCGUUAUGGGUCGGAUGGACUUUAUCAAGGAUUUACAGAACUACAAAAAAGAUGAAUUAACUGAGCGCACAAUACGAUCUAUCCAAAAGUACGUAAACAAUCCUGAAUUUCAGCCCCAAGAGGUGGCGAAGAGUUCGAAAGCCUGCAAGUCACUCUCUAUGUGGGUGCUAGCGAUCAACAAUUAUUAUGAAGUCGUGAAGGUUGUGGCGCCGAAGCGGGAACGCUUAGCGGAGGCUGAGGCUAAAUUAAGCGUGGCUACAGCAACACUUCGCGAAGCACAGGAUCGGUUAAAAAGUAUCGAGGACAAAAUCAACGGAUUAAAGCGAGACAUGCAAGAGAAUAUUGAAAAGAAAAAUAAGCUUGAGGCGGACAUUGCGCUGACGAAAGCACGUCUCAACCGAUCAGAGCAGUUGAUGAGCGGCCUCUCGCGAGAGCAAGAUCGGUGGCACAGCUCCAUUACCUUUUUGCAAGAUGAGAAAUUGGGGUUACCCGGAAAAGUUGCAUUGGCUGCAGGAUGUAUCGCAUACCUUGGCCCUUUCACAGGACCCUACCGUAAGCGCAUGCUCACUGCGUGGUGGGAAAACUGCAAGGAAUUUGGUGUACCCAUCGGCAACAGCGUGUUCGAUUUGACCACCUUAGUAAGCCCUGCCAAGGUGAGUUCGUGGAGUGCCGCAGGUCUUCCACAAGACCCAGUCAGCACUGAGAAUGGCGUCAUCGUUACCAAGUCUAAGCGAUGGUGCCUCUGUAUUGACCCACAGGGACAGGCAUGUGCUUGGAUACGGGCCAUGGAGCGGGAGAACAACCUUCGUACGAUUAGGCUCAGUGACCCAUCGUAUAUGCGGACCUUGGAAAAUGCCAUCCGAGUCGGCCUGCCCGUGUUGAUAGAAAAUGUGGAGGAAACUGUGGACGCUGCACUCGAUCCUGUUCUGUUGAGACAGACGUACCGCUCUCAGGGUAGGUUGUUGCUGAAGCUAGGUGAUGUGGAGAUUGAUUAUGAUCCGGGUUUUAGAAUGUACAUGACAAGCAAACUACCCAACCCACACUAUUUACCCGAAUUGCAGAUUAAAGUGACCGUUAUUAACUUUACUGUGACCCAAGGAGGUCUUGAAAACCAGUUGCUAACCGAUGUGGUAAGGUACGAAUGUGCGGAACUGGAAGCCAAAGCCAGCAACACUCAGAAGGACAUUUCCGACGGCAAGACUCAACUGAAGGCGAUUGAAGAUCGUAUUCUCCACCUCCUGACGUCUUCCACUGGAAAUAUUCUUGACAACGAACCACUUGUCCGUACCCUUAGUGAGGCAAAGGAUACGAGUGAAGCGGUCACAGAGGCACUCAAUCUGGCAGAGCAGACGCAAAAAGACAUUGAGGUGGCUUGCAACCGAUAUAGGCCAGUGGCGACGCGAGGUGCCGUCAUAUAUACGGUUCUUUCACAUCUUGCGAGAGUUGACCAUAUGUACCAAAUUUCCCUUGAUUUCUUCAAGCAGCUUUUUGUGAAGUCGAUGCAUCGUACCGAAAAGGUAAGCGACGUGGACGAGCGUGUUGCCAUUCUUCUUCCGGCGGUGACACUUGACUCCUACCGUACUGUGUGCCGUGGAUUGUUCGAGAGGGACAAACCCCUGUUUGUCGCGUUAAUAUUCUCUGAGAUCUAUCGACAGGAGGGGAUUAUUAGUGAUGCUGAGUGGGAGUUUUUGCUUAAAGGUAGCGAGGGUCGAUCCCUUGUUGAUAUAGAUAACGAUAGUUGGCCUGUGUGGAUGACUGAAGCGGCGUGGAAUGAGCUCACGGCGCUUUCCAUGGCCUUACCAGAGACAUUUGGUGAUAUUAAGGAUACUAUAUACGAUAAUGAAGAUGAUUGGUCCACGUGGUUCGAAAGUGACACAGCUUACGAGUGGUUUCCUUCCACCACACAAGGGCUCACCCUGUUCCAGAAGGUUCUCGUGCUGAAGGCAUGUCGCGAGGACCUGACAAGCCACGGCCUGUCGAUUGUCUGCUCUCAUUAUCUGGGGAAAGUAUUCACCGAAAGCCCUGCUUUCGACCUGGAGGCAUGUUUUGCCGACAGUUCGCCGACGGCGCCUAUAAUUUUCGUCCUUACGGCAGGUAUUGACCCUACUGUUCUUUUCACAGAGUUUGCGGAGCGCAAAGGUUUCGCCGAAAAGAAACUUGUCCUGUCGUUGGGUCAAGAUCAAGGACCAAAGGCCGAGGAGAUGAUUCGGAGAGGGAGCAAAGAUGGUUGGUGGGUUUACCUGCAGAACUGUCACGUGUAUGAAUCAUGGAUGUCUACACUGGAGCGCUGUGUCGAAAAACUGCACAUUUCAACUACACUUCACAGUGACUUCCGACUUUGGCUCACGACAAUGCCAACACGGAGCUUCCCGGUGCUCCUGCUGCAGUCUGGUGUAAAGGUAGUAAAGGAGCCACCGAAGGGCCUCAAAGCGAAUAUACGCGAUAGCUUCUGUAAUGAGGUGACCCCUGCGUUGUGGGACGGCCGACCUGAAAACCCAACAACGUGGCGUCGUCUGCUUUGUUCACUUGCAUAUUUCCACGCAGUUAUCCAGGAAAGGCGUAAGUUUGGGCCACUAGGGUGGAAUAUCCCUUAUGAGUGGAAUCAAUCGGAUUUCUCGGCAAGUUUGCAUACACUUCAGGUUUACGUGCCAACUGGUGUGAGUGAGAGUGUGCCGUGGAGCGCCCUUCGUUAUAUGGUUGGCACCAUAAACUACGGUGGGCGCGUAACUGAUUUCUUGGAUUCCCGCGCACUAGUUAAUAUCCUCGACGCGUUUUUUAACGAAAACGUGCUUCAACCCGGGCAGUUUAACAUCACCUCUGACGGUGUUUACUGCAUUCCGGAGGAUGUCGAGUCUCUCGACGCAGUAAAGGAGUAUUUAGCUGAUCUUCCUGCCUUCGAGAGUCCAGAACUCUUUGGAAUGCACUCUAAUGCUGACAUAGCAUGCAACCGUACAACGGCAAGAAACCAACUGGCAGUUAUGCUCUCCGUCCAACCACGCACGAAGGGGACGGCGGGACGAAGCCCAGAGGAUAAAGUACUUGAGAUGGUUAGUGAGUUCCAGACUCGCUUACCGGAGGCGAUCGACAAGACUAAAGCCCACCCCGACACGUACCAACUAACAGAGGGCGGUGUUAUGAUUUCACUCGGCACCGUGGUAAGCCAGGAGAUUGAUGUGUUCAAUUCGAUUAUCAGGAAGCUGGAAGCAACCCUUUUGGAGCUUAAGCGAGGUAUUAAGGGGGAAGUUGUCAUGUCGGCGCGGCUUGAGAGCAUGUUCGACGCAUGCCUUCUUGGUCAGGUUCCUCAAAUAUGGCAUGAGAACAGCUAUCUAUCACGAAAGCCAUUGGCAUCAUGGUUUCAGGACACACUGCUGCGCGUCGAGUUCUUUCGUGACUGGAACGACAAUGGUAUGCCUAUGAGUUUCUGGAUUUCUGGUUUCUUCUUCCCCCAGGGUUUCCUUACCGGUGUGUUGCAGGCUCACAGUCGUGAAAACAUGAUACCUAUUGAUGAUAUUCGUUUCCGCACAAAUGUGACACGUUAUGAAGUAGUGGAGGACAUUGUCAACACACCCAAGGCGGGUGUGCUUAUCCACGGCCUCUUUCUCGAAGGGGCCCGCUUCACUUUUGAGGGGAUGUCGCUCUGCGAGAGCAACCCUCGGGAGCUGUACACAUCCAUGCCGUUGAUCAACCUCGAACCACAACGGUUAAAGGAUCAAGACAAAUCGAAGCCGGUAUAUGAGUGUCCGGUGUACAAGACGUCCGCCCGUGCCGGUGCCCUAUCAACGACUGGUUUGUCUACGAACUACGUUAUUUCCCUCGACCUCAGUCCGGGUUCGUCUCCACCAGAACAUUGGAUACGACGGGGCGUCGCGCUACUCUGCAUGCUAGAUGAUUAA